AUGUCCAUGGAGAUACAACGUCCUUAUGUCUUGCCAUCGUCACGCCCUUGCUGGCUCACAGAUGACCUGGAGUACAAGUACAUAGAGGAGCUCGGCCAAGGAGAUUUUGCGAUUGUGUACAAGGCGAAAGAAAUAAAGAAAGGAAAGAAGGAAGGACGACUUUUGGCUGUCAAAAUAUACAAAAUGAAAGUAAAACACCAAGACAUAGACGAAAAAAUUCUUGAGGUCAAAAAGGAAGCCAUGUUGAUGCAUCGUAUCCAAGGUGGACCUCACAUUCUCAAAGUCGGAAACUUCCGUCACGUAAGGAGACAGCAAUCGGGAACGCUGGAACUGCCUAUGGACUACUAUGAAAACACGCUUCAGCACUUGAUGAACAGGACAAUUGAUGAGAGAGGACUAGUUUCAGAAGACACUCUUGUAAUUCCGCCCUGGUACAGAACCGUCCUGACUCAGAUGCUUGAAGCGUUGGAGUAUCUCCACAGUAAGGAUGUCAUGGUUGUACAUCGUGAUAUAACACCUCAGAACAUUCUAUACACCAAAGUCGACAAUUUCGUCCUCGCUGGAUUCAGUGUCGCCAGAUUUGGACGUCCCGAGUCAGAAACAUUUGGCGGGACCCUCAAAUACUUGGCGCCGGAAAUGUACGCGGAGGCGUCGGAAGUGACUACAGCAGUAGAUGUAUGGUCUUUGGGUGUUCUAUGUUUGGACAUACUAUGGUUGGUGCCCCCGGUAUGUGGAGAGCCAGCACAUGAUUUGAUGGAAGAAAAGACCUGGUUGGCCGAUCUGUGUCAGAUAGCCAAGGAGGCCAACAAACCUGAAAUAGCGAUGAUGGUCGUCAUGAAUGACCAUGAGAGAUCCACAGCGGCCGCGGUUCUCCGCUUUGUGAGGACCAGCCCCAGUGCUCGGGUACAGCGUUAUCCACCCAGCUCAGAACUUCUCCACUCAUUUCGUCGCGCAGCCAUGAGAACGAUAAACGCUGUCGAGACCAAUCAGAAUGCAAUGACGUUUUCAAGUACUUCGACUUCAACAAGAACCAGGGAAAUUGGAAGGGCGCAGUCGUGGCGCUCUCCACCAGUCAGGUCAGCAAGGGGGACAGGAGAAAGUGCGGGACCUUCAGAUGCCGCUGUCCCUUUGAGAAAAAUAGUAAACGAGCAACAGAUGCGCUCACAGCUCGGGCCGGAAAUUUGGCGGCAACUUGAAAGAAACGUCGGAAAAGACGGGUUAAAGGAACUUGCAAGGCUGAUCAGCAUAGGCAUGCAAGAUUGUUUUACGGCUCAAAAUUAUUCUCUUCACCCAAGCGGUCCAGAAGAUCAAAGGUCCCCUCGCCAUGCUGGAGUUCAAAGCCAGCAGAAAGAGAAAAGGACUACACAGGCUCCUGUGGCCCCAGACGCACCGCUUUCCCGCCUUGCAGGCCCUCCGAACCUGCGUGGCGAGUCUAAAGCCGAACAAACCCCUUCGCAGGCACUUUCUCGCCAAGAAGCUCGAGGUCAGCCGAGACAGGCUAUGAGUCAACGGCCUCCGUCUGAGCUUCCUUAUCGCCCACAAGCUCAAAAUCAGCAACAACAGGCUAAAGCGAAAGAAUCUGCUUCAGAGUCUUCUGGUUCUACUGCAGCCUCAACCCAGAAAGGCAAGAAUCAGUCUGAAGAAACCCUACACAAGCCUACUCGUCGUCCACAGGCUGGAAGUAAACCAGGUGAGGUUAAGGCCGAAAAGCCUAACGUCCCGUCUUCUGACCGUCAAAAGAGUACAAGAAAGCAGGAAGAGACCAAAGGAAAGGGGGCCUCUUCCUCGCCUUCUUCUAGUUAG